AUCAAUAAUUUCUUCUGUCAAUCUGUGACGCAGAUGAUAUAAAUUGUGUCAAAACUUGAAAUUCCUUUUAUCCGGUUUCAAUUCCUUGAACUUCAAUUAUAUUUUCCAUCCAACAAUGUCUGAAAAUAAAGAUGUUUCCAAAAAGGACGCUGAUCCUGAACUCGGUGACUUAUUGGACAGUGCACUUCAAGACAUGAUACAAAAAACUGAAGGAAACACGGAAGAAAAUGGGAAUAACACAGAGGAAGAAACUACCAUCAAUGUGUGGAAUGAAGAAUUCAUAAAAGAAGCAGCUGCCCAGUUUGAGAGCAACAUGGCAUCACUUCUCGGCAAUUUUAGUGGAAUUCCAGAUGAAAAUGUAACUCAGGAUCAGAUUGCGCAUACCUUCUCCAAAAUGGCUGAGGCAGCGGCUCAAGUAUUAAAACCUCCCUCGGAUGCACCUGCAGUUGACAAUGGCAAUGAUCCCGCUACUCAGGAGAAAAUUAAUGAGGUAUCAGAAGCGAUCACACGAACUCUGCAGAAUCUGAACACAGAUUCGGAAAAUCUUCAGACACCAUUCUCUGAAAAUGAUUUAGCAAAUAUGUUUGCCAACUUUAAUAUGGGUGAAGGAGGACAGGAGAAUAACAUGUUUGUGCCAUUCAUGCAAGGCAUGAUGCAAUCACUGUUAUCCAAGGAGGUUCUAUAUCCGUCACUGAAAGACCUUGUAGAACGCUACCCCACUUGGCUGGCUGAUAAUAAAGGAAAGAUUGAACAAGCUGAGUAUGACAGAUUCGAGAAGCAACAAAAGCUGAUGGAGGAAGUGUGCGCUGAGCUGGAGCCGGAGCAGGAGUCCGACCCUGAAGAUGUGAAGAGGAAACGCUUUGAAGUUGUACUGAAUCUCAUGCAGCAGAUGCAAGAUCUCGGUCAGCCCCCUAAGGAUCUGGUGGGUGAGAUAGGCGCCGCUCCCCCAGGGUUCGCUCCCCCCGCCCCACAAGACGGCGGACAGUGCGCUGUCAUGUAAACUAGGAAAUUGUAAUAACGAGGUAUGGUUAAUAUAUGGAGGCUAAGGUUUUAAUAGUCGAUAAAAUCAUGUGAUGGAUAAAUCACAAUAUAUUUAAAAAAUAAUUAUUAUUAUUGAUAUUCAGCCCGGUUGUAGAAGUGCGGAUUUUCAUUUUAACUUGUACACUAAUAGUUUAUG